CUAUACAAAUAAAAUUGAUUUGAUUUAAAUUGAUUUAAGUUGCUCGCGAAAAACCAAUGAAUCUUUAUGAACAUGCAUGUCCACACCACCAGGUUUCCAGAUUGUCCAAAACAGCUUUUCGGAGCUGUGGAAACACAGCACACAGGCAUUGUCUGCCCCAUUGAUAAAAACCUAGAAUGCUGACUCUGCUGAACUGCAGCCAGUUUAACUGCAUCUACGUCCGGUCUACAGCAGUUAGCAACCCCAAAUCCCAACAACCUCCCCAAACUGCACCUAAAACAGCCCCAACCCUGGCUGCCUGGCCCAGUUACUCUUGGCCUGUGGGUGCAUGGAGCGGUUAAGCCCCUAUGCUCGCUGGCCAAAGCCCUGUGGGAUUAGACUAAUGCAGGUGGCACGAAGCCACUAGUGGUGAAACAGGGAUGUGAAGUGACCCUUAUCUUUACAUUAUGAUUUACUCUUAGCUACAAACUAUGGCCUGUUGUGUUUAGACUGCAUUACAUUGUGCAUGUGUUCAUGUUACUGUAUCUAUGUAAUGUAUCUGUGCAUUUCUAACAGUCUCUUUGGAUAUGACGCUCUCUAUAACGUAUGAAAGAAAGGUCUGGGUGAGGAGACCAAGCACCCGAUCAGAAUUUUCCCAAAGGAAUGCCAUUGGGCCACCACCUUGUGGGAACACCACCUUGAAGGUUACAUUUAAGGGUCAGUGUGUUGCCAGUCGGCUGGCAGGUGAAGGCCGACGUCCUGGUGUGCUGAUCUAAGAAAACAAAAAUGUCGGCUCCCUGCAGAAGGAGCCUGAACUACUGUAGAUGUAGCUGGUUGCUAGCUCUGAAAAGAAAUACCUGGAUAGGAGAUCAACUCUAUCUAAACACUAACACAUCUGCUGAUUAUUUUCUCCAUUAAUCAAAAUGUUAGAAAUACUGAGGUAGGUGUACUUGUAGGUGAAAGUGGCAUGAAAAGACUCAUUUACCUACAUUUACAUUUACUUUACAUUCUUCGUCUCUGCAGUUGCCCAAGGUGGAACUUGGCCGACACUCAGCUGUGCACCACUAUGUUUAAGUUUGUCAUCUUUAUACAUCUGAGGUUUGCUAAGAGGAAUGCUCUGACUAUUUGAUAUGUUCAUACACAAACUCAGAACUCAGUCAGAACCCUACCUUAGCCGUUUCUCCAACUUUUUAACAUGUCGGUACUAAUUCUCUUCCCUUUCUUUUGAACCAUUUAUUUUACCUCUGCUUACUAUCUUGCCAUUACAAUUUAGGUGAUGUAUGUAUUAAAUGGGCAUCAUGUAGUAAUCAUGAUUUGAAAACUUCAUAUAAACAGGUUUUUAUGUUGCUAUUCUUUUAGCUUGAGAAGUUUGCAGUCCAAAUCAUUUGUUCUCAAAUUGUUGUUGUUCCCCUGACCCUGGGCAGCAUUGUUUCUAAAUCUGCCCUCCAUCCAACCACACAAGAAGAACAAUACAGCAGCACUAUGUCACUGACUGACUGACAGAAUAGAUAUGUGUUUAUCUGUUUGAUGCAUCAUCGCUCAGGUAAAAUCGCUCGUGUCUUUAGUUUGCUUCCUGACCUCAUUGUCUCUGUUAUGCCCUCCUCCUUCCUGUCCAGCACGUUUGUUUUGGCAGCCAUGGGUGUCUGAUGUGUGGGUGGCACUGGGUCGCACCAGGGUCCGGACCCAGCGGUGCCCCCCCAUCCUCAACCCUGAUUCUGCUGACAGGGUCCAACCCACCAUGAGAUAAUGCCAUUCCAGAGGGAUCGUGGCUAAAGCCUCUCUUUCUGGCUCUCAGGUAUAUAAAGAGGAGGCAGCAGCAGAGCAGAGGACAAAGCACUCAUUAACAUUCUGUUCUCUCUCGCUUACCUCACCACCCUUCUUUCACCUGCUGGACUCUGAGCUGAGCAGGUCAUCUGCCAACCUGAGCCAAGCCAAGCCGAGCUAGACCAAACAGUCUCCAGUCACUAUGGAUAUUGCCAUCCAGCACCCCUGGUUCAGACGCGCCCUGGGCUCUGCCUACCCUGGCCGACUCUUUGACCAGUUUUUUGGAGAGGGCAUAUUUGACUACGACCUCUUCCCCUACACUGCCUCCACCAUCAGCCCUUAUUACAGACGGUCACUGUUCCGGAACUUUAUGGAUUCUUCCACCUCCGGCAUCUCUGAGGUGAGGUCUGACAGGGACAAGUUCACAAUCUACCUGGACGUCAAGCACUUCUCACCCGAAGACCUCAGUGUGAAGGUCAGCGAUGACUACGUGGAGAUCCAGGGCAAGCAUGGAGAAAGACAGGAUGACCACGGUUACAUCUCUCGUGAGUUCCACCGCCGCUACCGCCUCCCCACCAGUGUUGACCAAUCAACAAUCACCUGCAACCUGUCAGCUGAUGGUCUGCUGACUCUGACCGGGCCAAAGGUCAUGGGGGGAAGUGAAUCCGGCCGCAGUGAGCGCAGCAUCCCUGUCACCCGUGAUGAUAAACCCAAUCAGGCUGCAUCCUCUUAGAGGUCACAUGAUGGGGGUUGACCAGGAGUGCUGGCCUGCAUCAAACGGGAUGGAUGGCCACAGAAUCUCUAUCCUCCACCCCUGGCUUCUUCUUCUCCCUUUCCCAGAGGAUAUCUGUGUCCUCCUCACUUCACUUUCUCCUCUGUAGAUUCUUCUUAGCACACUCUUACAGUAUUAUUAGUAUCAUUGUUUGAGAUUAACAAAAAUCUCCCCAUGAGGAUGGUUAAGUGAGGGGCGGCUGGACUUUUUAAGGAGAAAACUCAUCUAAGGACAAAAUGUUCACAUGAGGCGAUGCUUCAGUCUGUUGAUCAUUGCUGAUUUGUGUCAGAGCAAGUCCUCUGACAGUACAGACUGGAGGAAAAUGUCACUCAUGUCUCCAGAUUUUCCAUCAGUGAAGUUCUCUGAGGCCCUGGCUGCUUCCAUUCUUGUGCUGACUCUUUGAACCCUCUCCUCUCUUGUCUUAGAUAUAUCCUGUUCUGUAGUCUAGGCUUUGUUCUGUGGAUACCUGCUCUUUACUGAGCAGUCAGUACUAAAGAAAUACAAUAAAAUUAAAAUUAACAAAAAGCAACUCCUGUGUGGAUUC